CCUGUCGAAUACGUUGCGUUCUUAGGAUUCACUCCUCACUUCUUCGUAGUCUACAUGGCGCAAAACAUUUCAAAUACUGUUAUCGGUGCUUCCUUCUUUCCGUUCAUGAGAACAUUUCAUUUCGCGUAUGGUUCUUCAUUUGUUUUCAAACUGUAUGCCAAUACUAUGUAUUGACAAUUUGAGUACAUUGAUUUCGUCGUAAUCGAAGAACUGAAUAAAACAUUGAACAAUAAAAUAUGUUAACAUCAUCUCUGGCGUACUGAAGUGUAUCUAUUUUGCUUUGGAAAUGGAAGACGUAAACAAGGCUGCUGAAUCAAAUGGAGAAGAAAGCACUAAUGCUAAGGAGAAUGGUCCUCCCCAAGAGGAAGUGGCACAGAAAAAUAAACAGAUGACUGUGGGAACUGGAGACAGUGAUGCUGCACGAACAACAAUAUUGAAACCUGUAGGGGAGGGGAAGAAUGGAAAUAAAACAGCUUCCAAGCAGCGGCCAGAGAGGAAAGGUUGUUGUUACUGUGGCAAGGAGCGUAACCUAAACAUUGUAGAACUGCUGUGUGCCAGCUGCUUACAUUGGUACCACGAGUCAUGUAUAGGUCUUCAGCUUGGAAAGCUUGUGCCUUUCAUGAUGAACUACGUAUUUGUGUGCAAAAACUGUUCUCCUACAGGACUGGAAAGUUUCAAGAAAAACCAGGCCGCAUUUACACAGAUGUGUGUAACUGCCUUAGGAAACUUAAAACAUGCAAGUGCAAAAGAGGGCACACCCAGGACAAUGUUUUCUAAGGAUAAAGAAAUUGUUCCAUUUAUUGAUCUUCAUUGGGAAGGCAUGACAACAAUGCCACGCCGUGUUACUCAGUCAUGGCAUUCGACGAUCCAUCGUGCCUUAAUGAAAGAUACAGGAACAUUAUUUGUAUGUGAUGACACUGGGAAGACUGAUGCCCAUCCAUUAUAUGGUCUUCAAGGCCUUGAACUGGUUGACAUAAGGCCAAAUUAUGAGGCAAUGAUUCGUGGAGGUCAUUUGAAAAUUACAGACAUGGGAGUUCAACAUGUACAACCAUCAAGUACCGUAAAAGGUCGAAGUACAAAAAGGAAGAUAGCAUCUGAUCAGGGAGGUGGUGGCAGACAAAGGGGUCGAGUAACUGAAGCAACUGCACCAAAAUUGUCAGCCCAUGGCUAUCCUUUGGAACAUCCAUUCAAUAAGGAUGGGUAUCGUUAUUUCCUUGCAGAGCCUGAUCCACAUGCUCCAUUUAGGCAGGAAUUUGAUGAGAGCCCUGACUGGGCAGGUAGACCAAUACCUGGCUGGUUGUACCGCAGGCUGUGUCCAAGUACAGUCUUACUUGCACUUCAUGAUCGUGCUCCACAGUUGCAUAUUUCUGAAGACAGACUUUCUGUCACUGGUGAGAAGGGAUACUCCAUGGUUCGUGCCACUCACUCGGUGAGUCGUGGGACAUGGUACUGGGAAGCCACUGUGGAGGAAAUGCCUGAUGGCUCAGCAACACGUCUGGGCUGGGGACAGGAGUAUGGAAAUCUGCAAGCACCUUUAGGUUAUGAUAAAUUUGGAUAUUCCUGGCGGUCAAGGAAGGGUACACGAUUUCAUGAGUGUCGUGGUAAACACUACAGUCCUGCUUAUGGAGAAGGUGAUGUGCUUGGAUUCAUGAUUGUUUUACCCGACUCAAAUGAAGUAAAUCAUUUACCUCAGCCCUACAAAGAUAGAAUUGUCAUAAUGUUUGGCUUACCACAGUGUGAAACAGUUACAAUCUUAAAGAGAUUGACACUCAGCAUGGCAUAUGUCAAAAGAAGGAAGAUGAAUAUUAAGCAGCUCUUUCCAUUCGUGUGCAGUUUUUACCAUUUGUCAUUUUGGAAAUUGCAAUCACUGUUCUUCAGUGUAGUGAAACAGUUCCAAUGGAGGAGUCACAAUACCUUUACCGUAUUCAAAAUAAUUUCUUCUGGGCUAGAAAUCUGUUUAAAUGACUUGGCAUUUUUUUUGUUCACUUAAAUCACUGCAGGAAAUAUCUGGACAAGUCUUCAGAUAAUUUUGUUAAAUUUUUAGAUCAAGAUAAAUGUGUUCUCUCCAAUGACAUUGUUUUUAAUUAUGUGUAAUAUUAAUACCAUGUUUGUUGUUAGUGAAUUGUGAUCUUCAUUGAUUUAUCAAUACCUUAUAUAAUUCUGGUUGAAUGUCUUCAUAAAAUACCCCAAAUAAUAAUUGUCUGGUUCACAUGAAAGGAUUGAAAGUGUCUUGUUAGCACAAAUUUUUUGUACUAAACCAAUCUCAGUUUAAAUUUAUGAUAACUGUUUGAUAAUGAUGAUAAUUAAAAAUAUAAAAGAGUUAGAACAAGAGAAAGUAUGAAAGCUUGCUAGAUUUGUCCCCCUAAACUUCCUAUCAAACAGUGUUUCCAAGUAUCUUAAACAAAUAGGUACACUCGUAAUCAUAUGCCUUCAGCUGUGUAUUAGUAGAAAAUUUUCUGACAAAAAAUAAAUAUAAAUAAAAGAAGGAUACAAAAUGGAUAACCUGUGUGUAAAUACGAAGAACUCUUAUUUUUUACAUAGUUGACAAUGCUGAUAUACAAAUGAAAAACUAAACAUUUAAUCUAAAAAUUUAGUCAAUGAUUAAUUUCUAAUAUUAAUGUUGAUGGCCUGUUUUGUGAAUUGUGGUUUAUUUGUCUCAUAACAUAUAUAAUCUAAAUAAUUUGGUUCAGGUAUGGGAGACACAUCAAACUGUGGUAAAAUUUCUCCAUAAACGAAGAGCUGCUGAUGUUAACAAACAGCAUCACAAUAAUAAUAAUAAUACAGCAUUGUUAUACACACAUGCAAUAAAAUCUAACACUUAAUUACCCCUUGCUCAAAUUAUCAUUUCAUCCUCUAUGAAUUCUUCUAUUGAAUUGUAGCAUUUCUCUCACAGAAUCUUGAUUUUAAAAUUUCUGGCUUUGUAUUAAAUAUGUAUCUGCCUGUUAACUUGUUGUAUAUUGUCAUUCCCAUAUACUGUGGAGUCCGUGCAUUUAAUUUCAACCAAUGUGUGGUUAGGAUAAAAUUAUUUUUAUUUCUUGUGUUAUAUGUUUGGUUAAAAUUAUUCUCCUCAAAUAAUUUUAGUUUGCUAUGUAGGAAGAUUAUAAUUUCAUAAAUGUAUGUGGAGGGAACAUUUAGGAUAUGUAGUUUCUGAAAUAAUGGGUGACAAGACUUGUUUACUGUGUGGUAUACCAAGCGAGGUGUUGCAGUGGUUAGCACACUGGAUGAUGGUUCAAUCCCAUGUCAGUCAUCAUGCUUUAGGUUUUCUGUGAUAUCCCUAAAUCGCUUCAGGCAAAUGCCGGGAUGGUCCCUUUGAAAGGGCAAGGCCAACUUCCUUCCUGGAUCCGAUGGGACCAGUGAUCUCACAGUUUGGUCUCCCACAAAUCAACUCGACUCAACCCUGUGUAGUACACAUGUACCAGAUAGUUUUCUUUUGCGGUUUCAGUAUUUGAAAUGCACCACUUGAACUUCGCCAUAAAAUUAUCCUGUAUCUAAUGGCAGAUUCAAAAUAACUAUGAUAAGCAAUUUUUCGUAUACUCAGGUCAGUGGAAUUUGCUAGUAUUUGCAUUAAAAAUGCAAAACUGCUUAGUUUAUUCAAUAGGAAGUCAAUAUGUGUAUUCCAACUUAAGUUCUUGUCUACAUUUUGCCCCAGGAAUUUGACCGUGUCAACUUCUUUCAUAGGUUGAUUGUUAUAUUGUAUUUUAAGUUCCACAUUUGUAUGAAAUGCAAUUAAAACUGAAGGAAGAGAAUGUUGAUUUUGCAGAAAAAUAUAUACAGUACAAAAAUGAAACAGAUGUGAAGAGCUGCUUGAAAAAAGAUUAUCAGACAAAGAAUUGGUAGAGAGCAGAAAAUUAAUGUAGAUUAUUAAAAGACACAUAGAAAGCAGCAAAGUAGAGGAGUUCGCAAAACAAAAAAGAAGUGAUUGAAAACCAGCGACUGUUUUAAGAACCUAGUAUUAACUUUUGAGUAUGAAAUUUAUCAGUAAAUGGAGCUGUUCAUAGAUUCUGACUGGGCACAUGUCCACACUUAAUCUGUAGGUAGUGGACAGAAUGACAAAACUGUUCAAAAAUAAUAUAAAAGCUUGCAUCAAGUACUGCACAGAAAAGAGCCCAUACAUAAUUGUUUCUGUAAGUACUUCUAAACACAGAAGGUGAGCUAAGUAAACACGAAACAGGAAAGAAAGAGAGAAGACUGGAAUCUGCAUUAGUUUCACUACUUCUACACUGCUGAGAUAAAGUAACUUUGUAAUGAUAGACAUCACUGGAAGGGGGGAAGCAUAGCUGGCUAGUACGUAGCACUCCACAUGCUCAUGCAGUUGAUAGAAAUCACUUCAUCUUUGGCUCUCCCCUGUCUAAACUCGAGUACUUUGCCUCGCCUAGCAAAUCUCUUUACUUGCCUACAAAACAGGUAACUCAGAAAUCCUAGAAAAAGCUGCAGUUGGCUGAUACCUGGACCUGUCACAUUAAUUGCUGAAUUAUCAAUCACAAACUUAUUUCAAUUGAAGUAUACUACCAGGUGUCCCACCCAAGAGACAUCAGAUGCUUUUUCUCCCAUUUUUCCAAAGCUAUUCUCAAAGUUUUCUUUUGUGAUGUUUCAGUUCAAUCAAUUGAAAUGUAGAAUGUGUAUUGAGUUUUCAUACAAUGUCCAGUGUCAAUGUGAAACAGCAUUCUGAUUGUUAUUACAAAUCAAACAUUGGGCUAAAUGUAAUUUUAUAUAACUGAUUGAUAGAUAGAUCUCAGACUAAUGUAGUGCCAUAUUUUGUUCAAUGAUAUUUAUUUAUUGUAACAGCCAAUGGUGAAUAAUAAUACCUGUUUCCAGCAGUAACUGAGUGCAGCUGCUCUGUCGAGCUACACUGUCUUCACAAUCACACCAACCCUCCAUGCUGCCUCAGUGUUGUCUUUACACUGCUGUAUUACACCAUUGAUGCUGGUUAUGGGAUGAUACAUAACAUAAGUAGUUUUUGUUUGAAAUGACUAUUAAUUUUCAAUUUAUUUCUAUUGCAAAAGAACAUUGCACACAAAAAUAUGCGGAGAAGCACAGUAAAAAUAGAUAUGUUAAUGCACUGUUGCAUGUACAGUAAAGUCAGGGUUUCAGAAAUAAAAAUUGUGCUUCAUUUAUACUCCAUGUGUAUUUUACCUACAAAUUUAAUUACAUGUUGCAGAUUUUUGGGGAAAUCAGUUACGUAGAUGUAAUGCCUUUGGUCACUAUCCCCAAACUAAUAAAUACUGGAUAGUUAUAAUUAAAUUGCAUUUACUCGCAUCUAUGCAGCAUCUUGUCCAUAUCUCUGGUGCUCAUGUUGAACAAAUUGUAAAGGGAGUAAUUAAUAAUAAAAUCAACAUUAUGACUUUCUCACUUGUCUAUCCUUGUCUGAUCAUGUCCCUUCCACAAUCCAUUACAUAUGGAAACAUUUCUAUGUGUUUUUUUUUUUUUUUUUUUUUUUUUUUCAUUUUUAAUGCCAGGUCUACACAAGGUGACCAAAAUUGGAACUAAUUUCUUUUUUUUCCAGCACAAAUCAGUUCCACAUUAAAGCAUUAGAAUAUCUACCAAGUUUCACUACCAUACAAUAAUUACAGCCCACAGUGUGCCUCCAUGAGUUGUUACACUUUAAUUAUAACCACCCAGUACUUUUUCAUACAUAACUGCCUGAGCAAUCAUUUUUGUUUUAGAAAUUUCAAGUAUAAUGUAGUGUACUUUUUCCUUCAAAACUGGUGUAGAUGAAAGGCCAAACUAUUUUUUUUUUUUUACUAAACAGACAAUAGUUAUGAUACACCAUCAGCUACAUCAUUAAUAACCAAUUUCUGUACUGUGGCAUUUAUAAAGAUCAGUUUCAGUUUAAUUUUCUAUAAGAAUGUGAAGCUUUUCAGUCUUGACAUUUAUUAUUAAUUGUGCAAUUUCUGUGCUGUUUAUCUGAAACUUAUUAUUUUUAACAGAUCUACACUGAUUGGCUUAAACAUUUUGACUUCCAGCUUGUUGUCCACCUUCGGAACACAAUACAGCAGCAAUUCUGUGUGGUAUGAAUUUUAUGAGCUCUAGGUUGGUUCUUGGAGCUGCAGAUCCUAUGAAUUAUGGGCUGGUGACUGUGAAUGUGAAAGCAGCUUCUGAAGUGCUCCAGUUGUGUUCCUCUAGUUCAGUGCAUUCGUAAUUGGUGGCCAAGACAUCUACAUUAGUUCACUUAAUUUCUUCUCAGGCCACUGUAACACUAUUCUGGCCCUGUGACAGGGACACGUAUCUCCUGCUGGGAAGCACCUUCACCAGUGGGGGAGAUAUCAAGCAUGAAUGAAUGCAGAUGAUCUACAAUAUCUUCACACAGUCCACAGAUGUCAUGACUUCUUGGAUUACUACUGUUGUGGUUGGCAGGCGGGCCAACACCGUGUUACUGAAGGAGGCCGAAAUGCACGCGUUUUAGCUCACGCAGGCUGGUGUGAGGUCUGGAACAUGACAAGGGAGCUAGAAUUGAGAAAAACGGACAUAGCUGGUGGAAUACUUAACUUUAAUCCAUUAAUGAUGAACGUCGCUCUUGACAUUACAUAUUUCACAAUAUCAAUAGUACUUAUAAUGGCGUCUUGCUAGGUCGUAGCAAAUAAUGUAGCUGAAGGCUAUGCUAAUUAUUGUCUCGGCAAAUGAGAGCAUAUUUAUUCAGUGAACCAUUGCUAGCAAAGUCAGCUGUACAACUGGGGCGAGUGCUAGGAAGUCUCUCUGGAUCUGCCGUGUGGCGGCGCUUGGUCUGCAAUCACUGAUAGUGGUGACACGCAGGUCCGACGCAUACUAACGGACCGUGGCCGAUUUAAAGGCUACCACCUAGUAAGUGUGGUGUCUGGCGGUGACACCACAACUACCACUUGUAUGAUGGAAACCCAGUUGAUGUCUUGCAUAGCAUAAGACUGCUCCUACAGUCCUGUGAAUAUUUUGAGCCACAGCUUGCCAGGAUGAUGAUGUAUCCAGACAGGGACACUGACCUGAUGUAAUGAGAAAUGCAAUUCAUCUAGCUUGGUGAUACAUUCCCAUUGCUCCAUCUCAAUGAUUCUGUGCUUACUUCAGUCAUAAUUGACAAUGUUUGUGGGUCUUCUUGAGAACAUGGAGGGUUUGUCUGCUGUGGAGCCCUCAACAGUGACACUCAAACAGUGUGCUCCAAAACACUUGUGCUUGUGCCAGCAUCAGACCUUCCAGAGGUAGCUAUAUAACUUUACAGAGCAGAGAGAGAGAGAGAGAGAGAGAGUGACUUGGUGUGGCAAGUGAGUCUGCUUCAUAUUAUUCCUGUAAUAAGAUUUGCCUGUCAUGAGUGAUUGUUUUUGUUUACAAGUUGGUGCCAGAGUGUUGCAUGGUAUGAGUGCUUUUGUUUACAUGUCGGUGUCAGAGUGGUGCAUAUUGUAAGAGUUGGAAAAUUAGAAAUUUGCGCAAAGGUCUUAUAGGACCAAACUGCUGAGGUCAUCAGUCCCUAGGCUUACACUCCUUAAUGUAACUUAAAGUAACUUACGCUAAGGGCAACACACACACUCAUGCCUGAGGGAGGACUCAAACCUCUGACGGGGGGAGACAAGUGGACUGUGACAAGACACCUCAGAAUGCAUGGCAGCAAGAGUUGCCUGCUGUGCAGUUUGCUACCUGAAUGAUGAAACUGAGAUUGCGAGGGACCUAACUUCUUACAAAGAGCAACAGAAUUAAGGAACUAGCAAUAACCAGAGCAAAAUUCAUGGUGUACAUUUUUAAUAAAGGUUGUAUGGUAAAUUCACCACACUACUGAGAACUGCAGGAAGAGGAAAAUUGUCAUUCAAACAUUUCAAACCAUCAAUAAUUAUUUACUUGAAAAAAUAUAUACAUAUAAACACAUCAGACUGUAUUUAGAAACCACUACAUUGCACCUUUUUACUUUGUCUUUUUUGUGCUGUGUUUUCUUAUGAAGGGCCAAUUAACAUCCAACAUCUUUCUUCUCCUUCAGUAGUGCUGAUUUUUUUACUGCUAAAACUAUUUAUAUUUAAAAAAAACAUUUUUCAUUGGUUUAUGUUCUUUCUUAUGUACAAUGUAGACCUUUUCUUUGCCCAGAUAUUGCAAAACCUAAUGCAGGAAAAAUAUAAAUUUUUCAUGCGAUCUUUGCAAUGUCUCAUGAAAACAAAACAAACAAUUAAAUGAAGAUUAAAAACACAUAAAACUGCAAAAUAAAUUACUAUAACAUGAAACAAUGGAAAGUCCAGGUUGAAAUAUCAAAAAUAUUAUGAAAAGGAUACAUUUGCUACCCAGCGUAAAGAUGACAUGUUAAGUUGCAGAUGGGCGCAACAAAAAGGCUGUUGUAGACUUAGCUUUGGACUGAAGCUUUCCUCAGAAAAGAAAAGAAAAGAAAACACACACACACACACACACACACACACACACACACACACACACACACACACACACACACACACAUAUUUACACAAGCAAACACAACUUGUGUAUACAUGACUGACCAGUCGUUUCGUUGGCCUGUCGGCAACUCAACAUGUCAUCUUUAUUAUAACAUGAGUAAUUGAAAUGAGAAUUGGUUAACAUUUUAUGUUAGGAGAUGAUGCCACCUUCACCUGUUUAACACUCAGGAUGUUAGAAGACUACACUCAGCAUAAUCAAUUGGUUGUUGACAUCAUCCACCCACUCAUAACAGGAUUGGCAGCUGAUUUACUUGCUGUCAUAUGAUGGGCACCCACCAUAAGUAGUCUAUUUUGACAAGAAGCCCACUUGUGCAAAACAGAUUUUACACUGCAGUGUCUUGAAUCACAAUUUCACUUCUUAACCUUGGCUUUUCAUAUUGUGGUGCUGCAGUAGGUUACUGGUGACAAAAAUGGCACUUGUAUUAUCAACACUGAUUAUAGGCAAAGGGGGCAAAAGAUGGUACUUAAAAUAUGACAUAAUGUUGCAACAGAGAAGUAUGUUGUGAUUUCUUUCAU